AUGAAGAUUCUUAUCUCUUUUGCUGUUUUGUUAGCUAUUGCUUCUUGCUAAGUCUAUAUUAUGAAUGUUGGCAAUUAAUGCUCAUAAUAGGGAUGCCCAUAAAGCAUUUUUUUGAAAUACGCUAAUUCGUUUAUAUGCCCUGAUUCUGGAAAAAACUCUGCAAUAUUAUUUACAAAUGAUGGUGUUAAUUAUAUUAUAAAAUUCCCCUACAACUUUAUUGCUCUAAAUCUUUAAAAAAUCGAUGAUCCAAGUUCUAAUGGAAUCCAAUACAUUUCAAAAAUGUAAACUUCAGAUAGUUUUGUCAUUUUUAAUUGCACUAUUCCAGCUGCUCAAUAAUACACAGAUCUUUGCUCAAAUCAUGAUUUUGUUGGUGGAAAGAUGAGUUCUAAUGGUAUUUUCUUUAAAUAAUGUGCUUUUAGUAUGGAUAUCUUAUAAGAAGAAAAAGUAACUCUUUGA